CUCGUAAAAAGCAUACUCCUUUCAUCGAAAGAAUACAAUAAACAGAAAAAAGAAAUGGCUCCAAUCGAAGGAUAUUGGGGCCAUCCAACUUCUACAAUUGAUUGGUGUGAAGAAAAUUACAUAACAACAAAAUAUAUUGCCGAAUUUUGGAAUACUGUUUCUAAUUUGGCAAUGAUUAUACCAUCGAUUACCGGUUUCUAUUAUGCAUACCAUAAUAAACUUCAUAUCCGAUUUAUGUUAUGUUUUCUUAGUAUUGCUUUUGUUGGUUUUGGUUCAUGGAAUUUUCAUAUGACUCUUUUGUAUGAAAUGCAAUUAUUCGACGAAAUACCAAUGAUAUGGGGAAGUUUAAUAUUGGUCUAUUGUCUUAUGAUUCAUUAUUAUCCGAUGUUACAGGAAAAUUUUUACAAAAACCUAAUGCUUAAAACGAUUCUGGUCACCUAUGGUGUUUUAUCAUUGCUCACCUAUUUAUACCUCAAAACGCCAAUUCUAUUUCAAAUAUCCUAUGUUAUUCUGGUCACUUAUAUGCUUUAUUUUACCAUCUUAUUGCUCAAAUAUCGUCCAUGUAAUAAAACGGUGUUCUAUGUUGGCACUAUCAUCUACUAUUUUGGAGCAUUUCUAUGGAUGAUCGAUAAUUUCUAUUGCAAUCAAUUACAAUUAUUUCGUCAAACCAAUACAAUUUUACCUUUUAUAUUGAAUCCAUUAACACAGCUACAUGCUUGGUGGCAUGUAUUUGCAGGUUAUGGAUCUUAUCUACAUAUUUUAUUCUGUACACAUUCAACUUAUCUAGCGACGGAAAAACCGUUAGUAUUUAAAUUUACUUGGUAUGUUGGCCUGUUUGAACCAAUGCCUAACAGAAUUGUCAUUACGAAUCAAUCUAAUCUUCAUCAAUCGAAUGAUCAUCAUUAUAAUUAUCAACAACAGAUACCUCCACCCCAUUUAAACAAAUUACCUGCUGGUCGACAGCGUAAUUCGGAUCUUGAACAACCAUCAUCCGAAACUGAUUUAAAUCUAGAUACCAAUGAAACAAUUAAUGCAAUCUCGACUGCCAAACAGCCAUUAACUCAACAAAAUCAAUCAACGUAUCAAUCAUUUGCCGAUAUUGCAGAUCCUGUACAAAAUCCUCAUCUCUUCAUUCAUGUAGCAUCAGGACAAAAAAUUUCUCGACCAUGGCAAGCUUAUAUCAGUGAUUUAGAUGACUUUUUCGAACGAAUCUAUUAUUACUAUCGAAAAUCUGGUUUUAUUUGUAUAGUGGUGGAAAAUAUUUUGGAAUUAUUGGAAGUUUUAUUGGUCGUAUUGUUUACCGUAUUCUUUCUACAUUGUAUUGAUUAUCAAGUGUUGUUUAAAAAGAAACUACCAGAUGGACAUCCAACAGAUACGCCACUGAAAAUAACUAUAUCGGAUGUCUUGAUUCCAUGGAAUCAAAUUCGAUUGAGUUCACUUGAAGUAUUUUUUUUGUUAUUUUCGGCUGGAUUUUGGUUUUGCAAAUUAGGUGUUGCUGUGCAUACAAUAUUGAGUAACUAUGCUAUCCGAUCAUUCUUUAUUGAAGCUCUUCAAAUUCAUGAUCCAUUGUUAUAUUCAUGGCAAGAGGUACAACUAAGACUCAUCAAUGCACAAUCUCAAUGUCUGCUAAGAGAAACACAUUUGGAUGAGUUAGCCGUUCAUAAUCGUUUAUUACGACGAGCCAACUAUAUGAUUGCAUUGAUCAACAAAGGUGUACUUCCAAUCUAUUUUCGUGUACCAUUACUUGGCGAAUGUAUUUAUCUUACAUCCGGAUUAGAAUUUAAUUUUCGAAUUCUUUUGUUUCGUGGCGUGUUUUCAUUGUUUGAUAAAAACUGGAAACUUCGUGAUGAAAUCAAAUCACCAUCGGAACGUUUAGAAUGUGCUCGUCGUUUUUCCAAUCGAUGUUUGGCGGUUGGCCUGCUCAAUCUACUUCUAUUGCCAAUGAUAUUCUUAUGGCAAUCAUUAUAUGCGUUCUACACUUAUGUUGAAGCGGCCAAACGAGAGCCAACAUUGUUUGCAUUGCGUACCUGGUCACGUUAUGGUAGAUGGUUUUGUCGUCAUUUCAACGAAUUGGAUCAUGAACUUGAUGAACGAUUGAAUCGUGCAUAUCGUCCAGCUGCCCGCUAUAUGAAUUCAUUUCGUGCUCCAUUGUUGGAAAUAUUAGCACGUUUUGUACAGACGAUUGCUGCUAUUUUAUUAUCAGUGUUGAUUGCAUUAACAGUUUAUGACGAAGAUGUCAUCACUGUUGAACAUGUUUUACUUUUAUUCACUGGCUUGGGAGCUGCAAUUGCUAUAUCCAAAGCUUUUUUACCCGAUCCUGAACCGAAUCGAUGGACGUUUGGAGAAUUGGAUGCAGCUAUACUACAACACAUUCACUAUCGUCCACAUAAUCAUCCUCCGCACACCAUUCAAGCCCGAAACGCUAUGGGCAAUAUAUUUGUCUACAAAAGUACGACUAUAUUGGAAGAAUUGCUAAGCCCUUUGAUCGUUCCUUACAUCCUGAUACGCCAUCUACGAUCACGAUCAUUGGAGAUAAUUGAUUUUUUUCGUGUCUACACAUUAGAAUUAGCCGAUAUUGGUGAUGUUUGUACGUUUUCCCAAUUUAAUUUUCAUCAAAACGGUCAUCGCAUCUUUACAAAUCCAGAACAACAAAAAAACGAACACAAUCAAUCUGUCGAUCAAUCGAUGAAUACAUCGAGAAAAAAUAAUGCUGAAGUUUUACCCGAUGAUCGUAAUACCACUCGUAAUGGUAAACUAGAAUUGAGUCUGAUUAAUUUUAAAUUAAAAAAUCCCAAGUGGCAACCACCAGAUCUAUCACAAAUGCAAUUUAUUGAUCUUUUCACACGUCAAUCUUGUGAUGAUCCGGGUGUUCCAAAUUUAAUUAUUCCUGAUGGACGAUUGCAGCCAACUAUUGCUGAAUCCAAAUCAACAAUUGAUUUAUGUUCGCCAACAACAUCAACCUACCCGGCUUUUAUUGAAACACAACCAGGAUCUUCGUCGUCUAUUAGACCUGAUAAUAAUAAAAAUCAACAAAGACAGUCUCAAAUGAUGACCAAGACUAGUCAAAUUGGCGAUUCAUCGACCGGCAUGCUUGAAUCAUCUGAUUUUGGCUUCAGUAAAACACGGCGUCGUCUAUUACAGCUCCGUUAUGGUAAUACGUUUAGCGAACAGGAGAAACGCGAUAAUCAAAUGGCAUUAAGUUCGUUGUAUUUUCAUCAAAUGGUCUCCGAAUCACAAUCUUCACGACAGCAAUCGCAGAACUUUUCAUCACCACAGCAUCAGCAAUUAUCUCAAUCGACAUCGUUUAGCGGCCAACUUACACAAGGAUCACGAAAUAAUGAAUCGAUGCCAUUAUUACGCUCCGAUUAUGAUGUAAGACCUGCUGGUGGAGAAUAUCGUAAUAAUUUUCUCGAAUAUGAUGAUGACGACGAUAAUGGUCCUUAUAAUUAGAAAAACAAAAAAUUAUAGAUUAAUACUCUUAUUAAAGAGAUUUUGUGUAA